UACGGAGACGUUCGAUAAUAUAAGCUUGUGUUUUCGGUUGUUGUUGCCGCAACGACCCCUGUUCUCAGCUUCUUUAUCCUUGUCAUCUUCUUCUUCAACUUGUGUGGCUGAGGCAGGGGUUGUAAUAAAUCAUGGUUCUUGACAACUCAUCUUCUCCACAUCGGAGGUCCCAAAACCUACUGUCUUCUUCAUCAUUUAGGAAACAGUACCGUGAUGAGUUUGGAAGCUUGUCAACCCUUGUUCGACGGCACUGUUUUCUUCUGACAAUGCUUACUUUUCUCGCUUUCCUGUGCUCUAUUUAUCUCUACUUUGCUAUCACUCUGGUAGCCACCGAAUCUUGUUCAGGGUUGACAGGAGCUCAAAAGGCAUCAUGUCAAUUGAAGGAGGCAAAAGCUUUUGUAUCCAAAGGAAAAUUGAAAUUUUUCUGAGACAAGUUUUGAACUUCUUUAGUUUUUCUCUCAUUGUUUAAUUAUCAUUGGUGCUUGUUAGGGGAUCAUUUUGGAUUUGCAGCUAGAAAUGAAUGCCCCUUGGGCUUCAAUCAUUCUUACACAAGUGUACUGGAAAUUUUGUGUUAUUCUGUUCUUACUGCCUUCUGAACAUUGGACUGAUAAUAUUAAUGAUUUUCUUGGUUGUUA